CCCUCAUCCUCUCUUCCAUUUUCUCACAUUCUUUUUUCCUCAUACAUUCCUUCGUUUAAUUUCAUCUCCUUUAAUUUCUCUCAUUUUCUUUCUUCCUUUAAUUUUAAUCUUAUUAGUUCUGCCAUGCAGGAACCAACAAUGGGAAGAGAACAGGGAGUUGAAGUUGGAGAGGACAUGCAGCUGAAAGAUUUGCCUAAUCCCUUUUUUUUUUUUUUCAUUGAAAUUCUGCUUGUAUUUGACUGUUUCCCACCAUCCUACGAACAUGUUUAUUUAUUAGAGAAUUCUUCUGCAGUUCGCCUUGCACAGAUUGCAAAAGAUGAGCUCCAAGUUGCGGUGUGCUCCCGUAGGACUAGGAGCUGGCCCAACCGGCCAUGGGGUUGGGGUGUUUGCAGUCCAUAAAAGGCAAACUGCAAAACACCAUUCUGUCCCUAUUUGCCACCAACCCACAAUAAAAGACCUGAUAUUUC